GCGCCCCAGGCUCCAGUCGAGCCGCCCUCCGUUCUGCGCGGAGCGGGGCGAUCUGUCAGCGGAGCCGGCCGGGGGGAGCCGCCCGGCCCGCCGAGGCUCGGGUUACCAGUGACUGACAGCGUCUCCAUGGCGAAUAAUUUGACUCCGACUAUUGUCUGGCGCUGGCAGGCCCCGGGUCAGAUAACCCGACCAAUCAGGGCGCGGGCCGCCGCGCCUCAUGCCCGCUUAGAAUAAUAUUAUUAAAAAAGCUGAGAGCGAGCUAGACGGGAGGGAGAACGAGUGAGAAACGAGCGAGGGAACGGCGGGCGGGCGCGGAGCAUGCGGAGCGGCGCCCCGUGCGGCCCCCGGGCUUGGGCGAGGGCUCGGGCCAGGCGCGCGGGCCGUUGGGGUUCGGAGCUGCGCGGGACCCGCGGCCGGCGCGGGGACAUACGGCAGUGACUCGGGGCUCACCGAGGGCCAGCGCCGGGCCAGGGGGCCCGCCCCGCCUGCGUCUCGGCCCGGACGGCCGGGCGGGGAAGCUCCCAUGCGGGACCGCGCGGCCCGGUGAGGGCGCGCGCGGGCGGGCGGGGACGCAGCCGGCACCAUGUCCAUGCUGCCCACCUUUGGCUUCACGCAGGAGCAAGUGGCGUGCGUGUGCGAGGUGCUGCAGCAGGGCGGCAACAUCGAGCGGCUGGGCCGCUUCCUGUGGUCGCUGCCCGCCUGCGAGCACCUCCACAAGAAUGAAAGCGUGCUCAAGGCCAAGGCCGUGGUGGCCUUCCACCGCGGCAACUUCCGCGAGCUCUACAAGAUCCUGGAAAGCCACCAGUUCUCGCCGCACAACCACGCCAAGCUGCAGCAGCUGUGGCUCAAGGCACACUACAUCGAGGCGGAGAAGCUGCGCGGCCGACCCCUGGGCGCCGUGGGCAAAUACCGCGUGCGCCGCAAAUUCCCGCUGCCGCGCUCCAUCUGGGACGGCGAGGAGACCAGCUACUGCUUCAAGGAAAAGAGUCGCAGCGUGCUGCGCGAGUGGUACGCGCACAACCCCUACCCUUCACCCCGCGAGAAGCGCGAGCUGGCGGAGGCCACGGGCCUCACCACCACACAGGUCAGCAACUGGUUCAAGAACCGGCGGCAGCGCGACCGGGCGGCCGAGGCCAAGGAAAGGUACGAGGAGAACAACGAGAACUCCAAUUCUAACAGCCACAACCCGCUGAAUGGCAGCGGCAAGUCGGUGUUAGGCAGCUCGGAGGACGAGAAGACUCCAUCGGGGACGCCAGACCACUCAUCAUCCAGCCCUGCACUGCUGCUCAGCCCGCCGCCCCCUGGGCUGCCGUCCCUGCAUAGCCUGGGCCACCCUCCGGGCCCCAGCGCAGUGCCAGUGCCGGUGCCAGGCGGAGGUGGAGUGGACCCACUGCAACACCACCAUGGCCUGCAGGACUCCAUCCUCAACCCAAUGUCAGCCAACCUCGUGGACCUGGGCUCCUAGAACCCGUUUGCCUUGACGAGCUUGCCUUUUGUGACUUGACACUGGGGACCUGAGAGUGGCAGUGUCCAGGGGCGCCCCACCCCUGCGGCCCCACCAGGUACUGAAAGACCCGCAGGCUGAGCGGGUAGAACAGCUGGGUAGGGCAGAUAGCUGUCUAUGUUGGUUCUUGUUUGGGAUUUAUUUUCAACAAGUUACUUUUGGGAUCCUUUUGGGGCUGGAGACUGGGUCUUGAACCACAGAAGGGAAUAAAUUAUACACCAUUGUCAUUCUCUCUCUCCCUCUCUCUCUUUCUUUCUUUUCCCCUCUCUUCCCUUGCCUUUUCCCCCUUUCCUCUUCCUUUCCCUUCCUUCUCUUUUCUUUUUUCUGCUUUCUUUCUGUCUUUCUCCCUCUCCUUGUAUUGCUUUCCCCUUUUGUCUAUUUUCUUCUAGAUUUCUGGCUUGCCACCGUUCACUCUCUCCUGUCUCUCCCUUUCUCUCUCCCUCUCUGUUUCUCCUCUCUUCUCUCCUGCCCGUCUCUUGUACUCUGUGUCCUGGUCCCUCCAUGUGUACCCCUGCCUUUCUCCUCAUGUCUGGUGGUCUAUCUGCCCCUACCUCUGGCCCUCGCUGUACCGGAGUGGGGGGUGGGAGAGGGAAGAGGAGAGAAAAGACAGGGCCUUUGAACCUAGGCCAUCUCCUGAGGCCCUUUCCCUCGCCCCUGUGGGUCAGUGGGAGCUGCAGGUGUCAGCUUUUCGCCUAGUAACUUAAGUGAGAGAGAAAGGGCAGCGCCACAGGAGCCCCUAAACACCGCCUCGUCGUACACCCCUCGUCCUUCUCUCUUGGCGAGGCCCCGCCACACCGCGCUCUUCCUCCCCGGACUGUGGCUACAGCGCUCCCGGCUGAGCGCGCCCCCCGAGCCGCCGACUUGCCGUCUCCCCCUCAUGCCCUCAUGUGAAUGUUCUUCGGGAAAUAUUUCUGCUUUUAUUUUAUAAUAAAAUUAGAAAUCAUAAAUAUAUAAAUGGUUAUAUGCC